CCGAAAAAAUGGAAGGCGCUUAUAUUUAGAAAACAAUAUCCGCUAAAUUCAGGUUUCAGGGAGAAGGAGACUACACUUCCCAAAAGCCAGUUUUUUUUAUUCCACCAUAGAGUUAGCUUACAGGAAAAGUCCUGCGCUCUAAUCGGUCCGGCCUCCUUCAUUCAGCCCAGUUAGCUAGCGGAUGUUAACAUGCAUGUUGGCACCUAUUAUGUAAUGAAUUAACGAAUUAGAUAACAAUGAUAUAGCUUUUUAUUUUCUUCACGGCUUUAAAACGUGGAUUUUCAACGUUCUUAUUCUCGUUAUGGAAAUGUGUAAGGAGAGCUGAUGCAAUAACACGCAUGCGUUAACACGGGCAUUAUCAGAGCCUGUGACCACUGAGAAUAUGUAGCUGAUACCACAAUAAAGGUCAAGGUCAAGGUCAGAUUUAUUUAUAUAGCACAUUUCCAACAGCCGAUGCUGCACAAAGUGCUUAACAAUAACAAUAAAAUUAAAAACUACAGUGUAAUACAAUAAUAACAAUAGAAACAAUAAAAUAGAAGAAUUGAAACAAUACUAACUAAUUCAGAUAAAUCCAAAAUGCUUGGGUCAUAAUGUGUUAAAAGCCAGAGCGUAAAAGUGUGUCUUUAGUAAAGAUUUAAAUUGCUCAAGAGUUUGAGCAGAUCUAAUAUUAAAGGGGAGACUAUUCCAAAGUCUGGGCCCUGCCACAGAAAAGGAUCUAUCACCACGAGAUUUGAGGUUAGUCCGUGGAAUGGACAACAAUAGUUUUGAACUAGAUCUCGUGGGUUUUCCUGGAGCAUAGGCAGAGAGGAGCUCUGACAAGUAGGGGGGGGCUCGGGCGUUGAGUGACUUAAAAACAAAAAGUAAGAGUUUAAAUUGGAUCCUGUAGGGGACAGGGAGCCAGUGUAAAGAGGCUAAAAUUGGGGUUAUAUGCUCUCUCCGUUUGGUACCGGUUAGCAGGCGAGCAGCAGCAUUUUGAACCAUCUGAAGGCGAUGGAUGGUGGCAUGAUCUAGGCCAUAAUACAAUGAAUUGCAGUAGUCCAAUCUGCAAGUAAGAAAAAGGUGGAUGAUACGCUCGAAGACGUCAGCCGGAAGAUUGAUGAAGAGGUAGCUAAACUGCUGGCACUAAAGGCUCAGUUAGGAGAUGAUGGCAAAACCCAAUUUGUCCUUAAAACACCAAAGGGAACGAGAGACUACAACCCCAAACAGAUGGCCAUCAGAGAAAAAGUCUUCAACACCAUCAUCCGCUGCUUUAAACGACAUGGAGCCGAGACCAUCGACACACCUGUUUUUGAACUAAAGGAAACAUUGACGGGGAAAUAUGGAGAAGAUUCCAAGCUCAUCUACGAUCUCAAAGACCAAGGAGGAGAGCUGCUGUCCCUCAGAUAUGACCUCACUGUACCAUUUGCCCGCUACCUGGCCAUGAACAAGAUAACCAACAUCAAGCGUUAUCACAUUGCUAAGGUCUAUCGUCGUGACAACCCAGCCAUGACCCGGGGACGUUACAGAGAGUUUUAUCAGUGUGAUUUUGACAUAGCAGGGCAAUACGACGCCAUGAUCCCAGAUGCUGAGUGUCUAAAGAUUGUACAUGAGAUCCUCAACGAGCUGGACCUCGGAGACUUUCGUAUUAAGGUGAACGACCGACGCAUCCUUGAUGGAAUGUUUGCGGUGUGUGGCGUUCCAGAUGACAAGUUCCGAACCAUCUGUUCAACGGUGGAUAAACUGGACAAGAUGUCCUGGGAGGACGUGAAGAAAGAGAUGGUGAAUGAGAAGGGCCUGUCAGAGGAGGCUGCCGACCAGAUUGGGGAGUACGUCAGCAUGCAGGGUGGAAUGGACCUGGCUGAGCGCCUCCUUCAGGACCAUAAAAUGUCUCAGAGUAAGCAGGCCUGCGCUGGCCUCUCAGACAUCAAACUGCUCUUCAAGUACCUACAGCUCUUCCAUGUCACAGACAAGGUGGUGUUUGACCUUAGUCUGGCCCGGGGUCUGGACUAUUACACUGGAGUGAUCUAUGAAGCCGUGCUGACUCAGGCAAGCGCAGUCUCAGCCGCUAAUGAAGCUCAAAACGGCGCCAAUGCAGAAGAGAGUGUGAGCGUGGGCAGCGUGGCGGGAGGGGGCCGAUACGAUGGCCUGGUGGGCAUGUUCGACCCCAAGGGGAGGAGAGUCCCCUGUGUGGGUGUCAGCAUAGGUAUCGAAAGGAUCUUCUCCAUCAUGGAGCAGAAGGCUGAGGCCUCACCGGAGAAGGUGCGCACCACAGAAGUUCAGAUCAUGGUGGCAUCUGCUCAGAAGAACCUGCUGGAGGAGAGACUGCAACUCAUCUCUGAGCUCUGGAAUGCUGGCAUCAAGGCUGAGGUGAUGUACAAAAAGAACCCCAAACUGCUGAGUCAGCUGCAGUACUGUGAGGAAGCAGGAAUCCCCCUCGUGGCUAUACUGGGAGAACAGGAGCUGAAGGAUGGAGUGGUGAAGCUGCGUGUAGUGGCAACCAGAGAGGAGGUCGAUAUAUCCAGAGCAGAUCUUAUCAGUGAGAUCAAGAGGAGAACUGAGGCUUAGCCGCUUCCUGCUUGUUUAGCCAUAAACCAGCCACGUUAUCUCAUGGGCUCUUCAGAACUGUGUACAGAAUUCCUUCCCUGGUCCACUACAGAGCAAAGACACAGCAGCCACGUGGACUGGUGUUACACAGCAUGUGGUGCUCAUGAGCACAGCAGGAAGCUAACAGGGAACAUGUUUAAAUGAGUGAUGUUGCUUGUAAUGUGCUUUCGGGUGUGUAAAAGAUGCCUCACUCGUUGUCAUUGUUCACAUUGUUCAGUAGGGUCUCUGGUGAAGAGAUGGUAGAUGUAAAUCACACCAAAACAGUCAGUGCACUAUUUAAAAAAAAUACAUAGGAGGAUAGCUGUAGUGUUUAAGACCAAGACUGAGAAAAUGUUACACAUUUGUUUUCUACAUGAAUCACGUCAUGAUUUACUGCAGUUAAAGUUCUAAGAAUGCUCCUGUCUGUAUAAAAUAUCCUGUACUGCCCAGUGUCUCAAAUAAAAAGCUUACAUUUUGCUCAAACCUGG